CGUCAAUGUGGAUAAAUGAUCGACGGCAGUUUGUACAUUUUGCUGCAUUGGCGAUGAGGAUGCAUCAACAAAGACACGAUUUCUGGAUUUACUUUGCUUUGCUUCUUUGUAUUUUCGGCUCUUCCGCUUCGCAAUUGUCCUACUCCAUUACCGAGGAGGCGAACAAAGGCUUCGUGGUGGGCAACAUCGCCAAGGAUUUAAACCUCAACGUGCAGGAGCUGGACACCAGAGGUCUGCGUGUGGUUUCCAGCUACAGUAAAGAGUAUUUCAACGUGAAUUUGCAGAGCGGUAACUUAUUUGUAAAGGAAAGAAUAGACAGGGAGGACCUUUGUCCGAAUACGGCGAAAUGCUCUCUUCGGAUACAAGCUGUGUUAAACAGUCCGAUGACGGCGCAUCGCGUUGAGAUCACUAUUUUGGACAUAAAUGACAAUUCACCUUCUUUUAUAGAAAGUGUGUACACUUUGGACAUUUCUGAAUCCGCUUUACCGGGAGAGCGGUAUCUCCUCCCAGUGGCCGUGGACGCAGACUUUGGCAGUAAUUCAGUGAGGAGCUACAAAUUGAGCAACAAUGAACAUUUUACACUGGAUGUGCAGAGCGGAGGAGACCACGGCGUAUCUGCAGAACUGGUGCUACAAAAGUCUUUAGAUCGAGAGAAACAAUCUUUCAUUACACUUACGCUCACCGCUGUUGACGGAGGUAAACCUCCUAAAUCUGGCUCGUUGCAAAUACGCGUAAAUGUGCUCGAUGUCAACGACAACGUGCCCACGUUUAGCAAGUCGCUUUACAAAGUGCGUCUGAGCGAAGAUGCCGCGCAGGGCUCACUUGUGAUUAAAUUGAAUGCAACUGAUUUGGACGAAGGAAUAAACAGUAAGAUUGUGUAUUCCUUAAUUAAACGAGGCAACAACGAUCCGUCAAGUGUUUUCAAUCUAAAUGCAGAAACGGGGCAAAUCACCUUGAAAGGUAGUUUAGAUUAUGAAGAGACUCCUGCGUAUGAAGUCAGAAUUCAAGCAAUGGAUCAGGGUACUGUUCCUCGUAUUGCACACGCUAAACUGCUAAUAGAGAUAAUUGAUGUGAAUGACAACGCCCCUGAAAUAACAGUGACGUCACUGAUGACGCCAGUAAAUGAAAACGCUGAAAUGGGGACAAUUGUUGCUUUGGUUACUGUAAAUGACAAAGAUGGCGGGAACAAUGGAGUAACUAACUGUAAGGUAGUUGGAUCUGUUCCGUUUAAGCUGAAAAGUAACUAUAAAAAUGAUUAUUCGUUAAUAGUUGAUGCAGGACUAGACAGAGAAAACAUCUCUCUUUACAAUGUCUCAAUUUUAGCCACAGAUGAAGGAAGUCCGCCUCUCUCCACAAGAAAGAUCAUUAUUGUUCAUGUUUCAGAUGUUAAUGAUAAUGCACCUCGUUUUAUGGAACCGGUUAUUAAUGUGUAUGUCAAAGAAAAUAGUCCAACUGGAUAUUCUAUUUAUUCCAUAAAGGUAGUUGAUCCUGAUUUGGAUGCUAAUGCUAAAGUGUCAUACACAUUGUUAGAUAGUUAUCCAAGGAGUAUUCCAAUUUCAUCAGUUCUUAAUAUCAACUCAGAAAGCGGAGAUCUCAUAAGUUUGCAAUCGUUUGACUAUGAGAAGUUAAAGACGUUUCAGUUCAAAGUUCAGGCCACAGACUCUGGUGUUCCUCCGCUCAGCAGCAAUGUCACCGUAAAUGUUUUUAUCCUGGACGAGAAUGACAACAGUCCCACCAUUUUGGCUCCCUAUUCUGAGCAUGGCUCAGUGAACAGUGAGAGCAUCCCCUAUUCUGCCGAGGCGGGAUACUUUGUGGCAAAGAUCAGGGCAGUGGAUGCAGACUCUGGCUACAAUGCACUGCUCUCCUAUCACCUGUCUGAGCCCAAAGGCAACAACAACCUCUUCCGGAUCGGAACCAGCACCGGGGAGAUUCGGACCAAGAGGCGAAUGAGCGACAAUGACCUGAAAAGUCACCCCUUGGUGGUGUCGGUCUGUGAUCACGGAGAAGCCUCCCUGUCAGCGACUGUGUCGAUUGAUGUGGUGGUGCUUGAAAGCACAGCUGACAUCCACACUCCGUUCAGACAUGUGCCCAGCAAGGAAGAGAGCUUCUCCGCCUUGCACUUGUAUCUGCUCAUCGCCGUUGUGGCCGUGUCGCUCAUCUUUCUGCUCAGCCUCAUCACAUUAGUAGCCUUCAAAUGCCACAGACAGACAGACGGACCCUUCGAUAGAUACAGUGCCCCGAUGAUCACCACCCACCCUGAUGGGAGCUGGUCUUACUCCAAAGCAACUCAGCAGUACGAUGUGUGCUUCAGCUCAGACACACUCAAGAGCGAUGUAGUGGUUUUCCCUGGGCCCUUUCCGCCUGUAGAAGCAGAACUGAUCAGUAUUAAUGGAGGCGACACCUUUACCAGGACUCAAACUUUGCCCACCUCUGAGAAGGUAGGCUGACAAUUUGUUUUGUUCUUUAGUUUGCCAGUGCAUGGGCUUUCAAUAGAAAGCAAUGUGUAGCCGAAACAAUUAUACACAU